AUGGGGCCCCCGGGCAAUAGGGGAUCAUGGGGCCCCAUGUGUUCUUACCCAAACUCAAAAAAGCCUAUGAAAAAGGAUGGACCAGAUGAGGUUAAAGGGGCACUCUGCACAGCAGGUUCUGGAAAUGAGGCUUGUCAGAGCUCCCAGCAGGCUUCAGGCAGAAAUGUACUGUGAUGACCAGGGGCGGACUGACAACUCUUGGGGCCCCCAGGCAAUAGGGGAUCAUGGGGCCCCUGUGUCCUUGCCCAAACUCAAAAAAGCCUAUGAAAAAGGUAUCAGGGACAUCUCAUGGGGCCCCCUACUGACCCCGGGCCCUCGGGCAGUUCCCGAGUCUCCAAAUGGUCAGUCCGCC